UUUUACUUUGGUUUUUCAUCUCUUUGUGUCGUGGCAGCACUAUGAAUUUGUCAAACAAAUGUCAAUUUGUUUUCAUUCAAUUUUAAGAAACUAAAUUAUUAGACCUGGUUAUUUCUUAUAAACGAUUUCAAUUGAAAGAAUUUAUAAUACAAAAUAAAAAUGGGUAACUGGAAAUUAGAAGUUGGACGAAUGGCAAUGUACACAUCAUUUCCCGUUGGACUGUUCUUUUUCUUUAAUCAACCAACUUACUUUGAAGAAUGGGUUACUAAUACUAAACGUCAAAUCUUUCCACCGGAGAAUAAGCAGGACAGAGAAGCUAUACAGAAGUUAAUUCAAGAUAUGAGGAAGAAACAAAUGAAAUCAGUGGAAGGAGAAUAAAAAUACACUACAAAUUACUUUAAAAAUACAUUAGGUUAUGUUUAUGUAAAUAUUUAAUAUAAGUAGUUAAAAGUAAACACUUUUUUUUUUGCAAAAUUAUAUAACAAUCAAUUAUAUUUUCAGUGUGCUGGACAUGGAAUGGUAAUGAACUUACAUAAUUUUUAUGUGACUAUGGCAAAGCCAAAAGGAGGGUUAUAAUUUUAGCAGUCUAUCUAUGUUUAUCUGUUCCCUCAUAUCUCCCACAAAUUUUUUUAUUAUUUACAUAAAUUAAAUAUCAUUAGAAGCGUCUUAAUUGUCCACUGACUAGGUUAUAUACAUAUAUCACAUUAUAUUGAAUGUAGCACCCUGUAAAGGACAGUGGCGUACUAAAAUUAUUUUGUCAUACUAAAAUUAAUUAAUAUGGGAUAUUAACCAUGUUUUGUAUUUUUAUUUUUCGGAGUUCAAUAUUCGACAUUAUCUACAAAUACAGAGUUGAGACUUAAAAAUCUUUUUUUUUCAUAGUCGGGUUUUAGUUUUUAACUUUCUUUAUCUUGUGUUUAUAAAUGAUUUGAGAUGUAUAACUACAUAAUAAAAGUAAACAGAUAAUA